GAGAGAAACCAUAUAAAUGCACCGAGGGCGGAAAGAGCUUCAAUGAAGACAGUUCCCUCACUUCGCAUAAAAGCCUGCACACAGGAGAGAAAUCAUAUAAAUGUACAGAGUGUGGAAAGAGCUUUAAGAACAGUGGUAACCUCACUUCACACCGAAGGAUCCAUUCAGGGGAAAAACCAUAUAAAUGUAUGGAAUGUGGCAAAAGCUUCAGGCAGAGCGGUUCUCUUACUUCCCAUAAAAGACUCCACACAGGAGAGGAACCAUAUAAAUGCUUGGAGUGUGGAAAGAGUUUCAAAUGGAGAGGUGAACUUACUUUGCAUAAAAGACUUCACAUAGGAGAGAAACCAUAUAAAUGCAUGGAGUGUGGAAAGAGCUUCAACCAUACCGGUACCCUUAUUUCCCACAGAAAAAUCCAUUCAGGGGAAAAACCUUAUAAAUGCAUGGAUUGUGGAAAGAGCUUCAAGCGUACCGGUACCCUUGUUUCCCAUAGAAGAAUCCAUUCAGGGGAAAAACCUUAUAAAUGCAUGGAUUGUGGAAAAAGUUUUAAGCAGAUUAGUGAUCUCACUUCCCAUAAAAGACUCCACACAGGAGAGGAACCAUAUAAAUGUUUGGAGUGUGGAAAGAGUUUCAAAUGGAGAGCUCAGCUUACUUCACAUAAAAUAAUUCAUACAGGAGAGAAACCAUAUAAAUGCAUGGAGUGUGGAAAGAGUUUCAACCACAACAGUUCCCUUGCUUUACAUAAAACAGUCCACACUGGAGAGCAACCAUAUCAGUGCACUGAAUGCGGGAAGUGUUUCAAACAGAGCAGUAAACUUACUUCCCAUAAAAGGAUCCAUACUGGAGAGAAACCAUAUAAAUGUAUGGAAUGUGACAAAAGCUUCAGCCAGAGCAGUUCUCUUACUUACCAUAAACGGAUCCACACUGGAGAGGAACCAUACAAAUGCACGGAGUGUGGAAAGAGUUUCAAACAGAGCAGCAGCCUUGUUUUCCAUAAAAGGCUCCACACUGGGGAAAAACCAUAUAAAUGUUCGGAGUGUGGAAAGAGCUUCAGCAAAAGCAGUAAUCUUACUUCCCAUAAAAGGAUCCAUACAGGAGAACGACCCUAUAAAUGUACAGAAUGUGGCAAAGAGUUCAGUCACAGCAGUAGUCUUAUUUCCCAUAAAAGGCUUCAUACUGUGGAGCAACCAUAUAAAUGUUCGGAGUGUGGAAAGAGUUUCAGCAAGAGUAGUAACCUAAUUUCCCAUAAAAAGCUCCAUACAAGAAAGAAAUAA